CGCUUAAACUCAUCCCCAAAUCGUAACGAUCACACCACCGUUCCUCUCUGUAACCCUAAUCCCUCAAUCCGUUGAGUUUUCUGGAGAUAACCGUGAUUUCUGUGGAGGAAUUUCAAUGGCGAGCGCGGAAGAGCCUGUUCUGCCGAGUGAGCCUGCGGUGAAGCCGUCGUUAGACGCGGCGGUGGCAGGAGGCGAAAAGCCUGAGAAGGACGGCGUUCCGAAGGAAACUAAGGCGAAGAAAGCAUCUGCUCCGAGAAAGCGCAAUACCACUCAUCCCCCUUACUUUGAGAUGAUUAAGGAUGCAAUCGUUUCGCUGGGGGAUAGGACCGGAUCGAGUCAGUAUGCGAUUACGAAGUUUAUCGAGGAUAAGCAGAAGAAUCUUCCUCCGAAUUUCAAAAAGUUAUUGCUCGUUCAGUUGAAGAAGUUUGUUGCUAAUCAGAAGCUUGUUAAAGUUAAAAGUUCCUUCAAAUUGCCGACGUCGUCUCGUUCGUCCAAGUCUGCCGCCGCUCCUGCGCCGGAAAAGAAGAAGCAGGCUGCCGCUGCUAAACCUAAGACCAAAACCGCCGUUGCCAAGGAAAAGAAGGCUACUGUUUCUAAAUCCAAGCCAAAGGUUAAAAGCGUCGCUGCGAAGCUAAAGCCUUCUUCUCCGGCGAAGGCAAAAGCCGGUACAAAGAGGAAGGCUCCGGAGAAGACAAAGGACGAGAAGAAACCAGUCGCUAAGGCCGCCAAGACGGCAACAAAAUCAACUGCGAGGAAGAGUUUAACGGCGGUCGCUCCGGCGAAGAAAUCUGCAGCGGCAAGGAAGGCGACGCCGGUGAAAAAGGCUCCGGUGAGAAGCGUGAAACCGAAAACCGUCAAGUCUCCGACGAGGAAGGCAGUUCCGAAAAAAGGAAAGAAGUGAACGUGGUAGGGGUAAUUUAGGAAAUCAAGUUGUUUUGAUGGGGAUAGUAUUGUAAAUUUCGGCAGUAUAACAUCCUAUGGUUUUAUCCCUUUGCUAGUAAUCAGCAUAUAGCAUCUAUGAUGUUUACCGUUGAGUUCUUAGAUUUUAUUAGCCUAUAUUCGUAUGUGCA